GCUGAGCACAGGACCCCACCAUUACAAUGCCAUAUAGGGGACAAUAGAUAGCAAACCGCCGCAUUUUAAAUAAUUACAGCUACAUAUGGAUGUGCGUGUUUAAAAUGUUUAUGAUUAUGAAUCCGGAGGUCGUUUCCGUUCACCAUCGGUGUUUUGGAAUAAGUUUGAUUUGUCCGACCCCCUCAACCACCCACCUAAACCAACGUGGAUGAUUCCUAAGAUGGCGGCGGUUUCUGUAACUGAAGAGUGAAACUUUGUUAUUUGUGGCUAAUAUUCUGCCGUUUUCUAAUACCGCCUGUCUUCUUGAGUCGUUAGUUUAUUAAAGCAAGCAUUAUCAGAAUACCAAGACGUGUGGCGGCGGUCGUCAGGACCGAUAGGGUUCAUUCUGGGCGCUGUUUAUGAUCGCCAAAUCGUUGGGCUGCUUUCGAAGUUGACGUAGGCUGACAUUGCGAUCAUACCUACUGUUGUCUUCAGAUCGUUUAACGAGGAACCCACAGGUGAGACCGGGCGUCGCCGAGUUGCUAACUAGCUUACCGGCCAAAGUGUGUCGAAAAAGUGUCGGCGGGUUUUCUUUGAUCUGGGUUGAGUGAGGGCAGGUCGGAGAUCCUGAGGACGUGUCACGUCAGUGGAAAUAAAGAGGUGGUGUUGGAUGUCACCACCGCUCUGUGUCACACUGAUUUUGGUUUGCUAGCAUCGUCCAUCCUGGCAAAUCAAAUGGAGAAACUCCAGGAGCUGAGCCAAUCAGAACUACAGGAGCUCCUGGACAAUCCAGAAAGGGUGGAGUCUAUGGCUCUGGAGUCAGAUGAGAUCCAGAACAUCCAGCUGGAGAGAGAGAUGGCGUUAGCAUCAAAUCGCAGUUUGGCUGAGCAAAACCUGGAUGUGAAGCCUCGUCUGGAAUCACAGAAAGAAGUGCUGGUGGAGAAAUUUUCUCAGCUAGUGGCUGUCAGAGAAGCCUACAGACAACACUGCUCCCUGAGAGAUGGGAUGGCGGGUCAGGUAUCUCCAGAGGCAUUGUUCUCCAGACUACAGACAGAGGGCAGUAAAACUGAGACAGAGUCAGAGGCUUUAGCUGAUGAGUUUCUAGAGGGUUCUCUGCAACUGGACUCCUUCCUCGAUCGCUUCCUCUCCCUGCGCUCCCUUGCUCACAAAAGACGUGUGCAGCUAGAGAAACUCCAGGAGAUUCUGCGACAGAGGAGUGAAGGCAACCCAACAGCCAUGAUAUCAUCAACAGGCAUCAGCCAGGACCCCACCGCCACACCCUCACCAUGGAAUCAACAGACGACAAUAGCAACAACAACAAAUCAGCAGCAGGCGAACUCCAAACCUCCCCCGGCAGUGGCAGCAGCAGUGGCAGGCUCCAGCCAGGCCAACACCUCGUCACAGUUUCCUCCAUAUCCAGGUUCUGGCCCUCCUUUUACCCCAGCAGGGAGCUACUCCAGCCCCAGGCCAGCUUUCGGGCCUCCAGCUUCAGCCACCUGCCCUUAUCCAAGCCAGCCCUCCUUCCCUACCCCAUACCCGGGCUCAGCUUUUGGCCAGUACAACCCCAGUCACCCCCAUAGUGGUCCUGCACCCUACGCAGCCUCUUACAGCUAUGGCAGCUACAGCUACCCAACUGGGCCUACUUAUUCUAAUUCUCAGUCACUAGCGGGGAGACCCAUCCACAGACCAGGACCAGGAUAUGGAGUUCCGCAGCCGCACUCUUGAACAGUACUGCUUCUCUGUCUCAGUUGUUCUUCUCAAUUCUUCUCUUCUUUGCUGUUUCACCCUUUUGUCCGCCCUCCCUGAACUCUCUCUCAUUACCCUAAGUUCUUGUCCUUAUCUUGUCCCUUUUGUGCCCUUACGUUCUCUCAUGCUCCCAGAUUCAAGAGGUCUCUCGCUUUAUCUGUCUUUGUUGCACUAUUUCUCUCUUAUCUGAAGAUCGGUCUGUUGAUCUUUGUCUUUCUCUCAUUCCUUUCCCUUUCUCUACCACCCUGUAACCCACCAACUCCUCCACACUAGUCUCAGGUUGUUCUGUUGUGUUUAAAUGUUAACACACUUGUAUUUGACCUGUCCUGCGCUCACUUUCCUCCUUCCUUCCUCCUCUUCCAUUUCGUGUGUGUGUGCUGCUAUUUGGCAAUCAGAAAGUCCUAAUAAACACACAAGUGCACUCCCCCUUACAACAAAUGCAUGAAAGAAAUUGGUCUUUAUAACACUACAUCAGUGUCCACCUUAUUCUUCACCACUGUCUGUACUGAGGAUACAGGUGUGGGUGUGUGUGUGCGCAUGUGUCCUAGUUUCUUCACACUAGGCCUUAUGAAAUGCUGUUAAAAUUGAAAAGUGACUGUCAGCGGCUGGCUUCUAUAUUAAGUUUAUUUAAGAUGCACGAUUUUGAGGGAAAAUCUGCUUAGCUGUAGCUGCCAGGUUUAUCAGCUCUUUGGGACACUUAACCUACUCCAAACAUAAAUGUGGCCGGUGAAUUUCACAAAGUACAUUUUCUUGUGGACAAUGGCCAGAAGAACCACCAGUAAUUACACCCUUUAUUUUAUUUAAUGAAAAUAACCUUGCAAUGAUGACAUUGCUUUGUUUUGUUUAACAUAGACAGUGGAAGUUAGCAGUAGUUUUGCUUCCAGUUCCAUCACUGUAAAUACACCAGAGGGUGGCACAAGGAAGAAUGUUGUUCAAGCUUGUUGUAGUGACUACUCACAGCGCUAGUUGCUUAGGUACUGGAGCCAACCAGCUAACUGGGAACACUAGGAACAAUAGCUGCCAACCAGGCCUUUUCUGUUUCUGUUGCCCCAGGUGUUUUCUUCUCAGGAUGGUUCAUCAUUUUGCUGAAUAAAAAAACUCAAGCUAAGCAAUUUUAUCAAUUCAGUCACUAACAGGACAGUAAGUUCACACUGAGACAGAUUUACUGAUAAUAAAUUUCUGUCUCCUGACUGUAUGUAAGUCAUGUCUCUGUCAUGAAGCAGGUUAUACUGCAACAGAGGAGCUUCAGUAAAACUGAGGGGUGACGGCUUUUUGUUCAUGCAAAGGUCAGUUCUAGCAAGAUGGGAAGAUAUUGGUCAAUGGCGCAAAUGUAUGGGUUCUUCAAAUUUGAACUUGAGUAAUGCUGGUGUGACUUGGCCUUGAUACCAUUACAGUUGUCAAAUUGCUCAAGAUGACAAUAUCACUGUGCUGUGGUUACAAUCACUGUCACCAGUUUUUUGUCCCAGAUCAGCUUAGCUUGUUUCCAUUUUGCACACGAGCAGGAAUAAAUGUGGCAAUUGCUGUUGUAAAUGUGUUUAUGUAAGCCACAUAACAGCUUGGUAAACAUGUACUACACAGGUUCUGAGCAAGAGUUACCAAGCAGCUCCUGCUAAACACAUUUGGGAAUGACCCAAAGUCUACUUUAAAUCACACUCUAUAAGCCUUCAUGUGUUUUCCACAGUACAUGCUAGUCCUACAUUAAGAUUUUCUCUGAAAACAGCUGACUGCUGCAGCUGGACACCAUUUUGAAGAAAGUGGUCUUUAGGUACGACUUCAACCACUCUUAUAAAAAUUAUAAUUAGUCCAACAUUUAAAAAAUUGAUGUGUAUUUAACAAACAUUUCUUUCCAAAUUAGAUUGAUGUCAAAUUUUCCAGCAAAUACAAAGAGCCAGGCCAGUGUACCAACAGAUGUAAACCCUAAUGGAUAAAGUGUGAUAUUUUUGUGCUAAGAGAGACAAAAAAUGUAAAAAGUCUUAUGUGUUUUCAUCAUCUUAGUAGUGAAAUACCAAUGUAGGGGGAGUUAGGAGCACUGUAGUAACACCUUGACUGGAGGUAGUAAUACUUGCAAGAGUCUGUCAUCUACAGAGCAGUUUAAAUCAACACACAACUAAACACUGUUUAAAUUCUUUGUUCCUACUUUAUAUUCUAACUCUAACAGCCCUCUGUUGCUUGACAAACAUCAUCACCCCUUCCUCUAUCCUCACCUCCUUUUCAUCAAUAUUCUCCUUGUCUCCAUACCUGCUUGUUAAACAUGAACCGAUGCUUGACAGUGAUUACCAAAAGCAUAUAGUUUUAUUUCUAUAGGUUCACACAAUGAGAAAGAAUAAAUGUGGUCUGUAUAGUGUAAUGGAGUGAAAAUGUAAAGGUUGGCAAUCAUUUGUGUGUCAGUUAAAUCAAUUCAAAUAAUAUAAGUGGAAUUGCAAUGGGUAACUAAUAACAGAUAACUUUUCCUUUUAGAAGUAGAUACCACUUAUCUACAGUUGUAUUACACUUUGGAAUAAUCAUCAAUCAAUCAAUUUAUGUUUAUGUUUUGAUUCUCUUACCUACAUCUGAGCACUUUAGUAUUGACACUAGCUAUAAAGCAGUUAUAAUGUUAAACAUUUUAGCAUUCCAGUAGCACCUAAUAUGCUCUCCCAGCUUAAAUCCUCAAUGACAUGGGAGAAUUGGAGGAGUUUCUGUAGUGUGAUAAUGUCAGGAAGUGUCUUCAAACUAUAGUGCCAAUAUUGUGACACAAGUACUGUAUGUAGGAAAUUCAGCUUAUUAAGUGUUUCAAAAUGUCACAAGAUUCCUGUCAUUGGUGAGACGAGCUGUAUCUUGAAGACACUGAAAUGAAACCAAAUUGGUCCCAACCUCUAAAAUACUCUACUACUGUUAACAUGUCUCUCCUAAAAAAUAAAACAAGGGAUCCAUUGAAGGGGGCUCAAAUUGAAUACUGUUGGUCAUUCAUUUACACUUAUAAUAUAUUAUGAAAGUUACAAUCAUGGCCAAAAAUAUUGGCACCCCUGCAUUUCUGUCAGCUAACGCACCACUUCUCCUAGAAAACUGUUGUAAUCACUAAUUCUUUGCUGUUCUCAUGUUUACUUCUUUUGCUUCCAUUGGAACGACACAAAAAGCAGAGAGCAAAAAGCCAAAUCUGAUACAUUCCACACAGAACUCCAAAAAUGGUCUGGACAGAAUU